AUGACGUCUGAGGCAGCAAAGGAAAUAGCUAACAAGCACCCUGGCCGUGUUCGUGCUGUUGGAGCCGGUGUCACCAUAAAGGAAUACUUUGGAUCAGCUUUACGAACAUCCCGCAGUUCUUCCUCCAUGCCUCUUGAAGACCUAGAACAGCUGACCCAACAAAUCAGAGACCAACUGGAGGAGUUAAUCACAGAAAAAGUGACUCGAAAGAUGAUGGAAUCCUUCAGUCAGAUGCAGUCCCAGUUUCAGGAACAAUCCAGGGACUCAGACAAAUGCGGCCUAUAUAUUGAAGAAAAUCCUUCCCGCUUGGUUGCCCUAGGAAGACUUUACGAGGGAUCCACAACAGUUCACAACAUCCCUUUGUUGCAUGGCCAAGUCAAGGUUGGUGUUGAGGAGGUUAAAGAUACAGAGACUCUCGUUCCUGUACCCACUGACGAGGUUACCUUAGUGGGGCAGACACUUAACACUUUCCUUACUUGGCCAACACAUCUUGUGAAGCGUUUAUCAGAACAGGAAGCUGUGUCUCUAGCAAAACCUCCAGAAAGCCCGGAUGAAGAGGUCGAUGAUCCCCUGUACCUGAUGACAUUGACAAUCCCACAAAUGUUUUUGAAGCCGCUCCAGGUUAUGUGGGAUGCUACCAUAUUCGGGGUGUUUAAUCAAAACUUCCUGUUGUAUAUAAAGCACGAAGAUCUCUCUGAAAUUACACAUGGUGGUCAAUCCAUCUGA